AUGAGUGACGAGACUCACAACGAUAUUUCUAUUAAUAAACGAACAUCUAUUUCUUCACCAAAUGAAGAUAAUACUUUACUGGAUGAUUCGUCUUCUUCUCAACAUAAUCACCAAGAAACAGUUUUAACAGACGAUACUACAAAUCAUUUCAAUAAUCAAUCAAAUCAUCAGGAAAAUUUAUCAAAUAUUCAAACAUUAGAUAAUUCUUUAAAUGAAGCUGAAGCUAUUGAAGAAACACAAUCAAUAAAUCAAUCGGAUAAUCAAUCUAUUCAGUUUCCAAAUGAGAAUAAUCUUAACCAAAUAAGUAAUGAACAAGAUUCAUUGGAUCAAAAUCAAAUCUCUUCUCAACAAUUUCAUACUUCGAAUAAUCAACAUCAUGCGGAUUUAGCUUCAAUCGAUCAACUAUUAUCAAAUAUUCAGCACGAACCAGAUCCAAACAAGGCCCAACGUCAACUUGAUGACGAUGAUAUUCCUCCAGCUGAAAUAGAAGCUAAUGAUACACAAAUUAAUCAUCAGAAUAAUGAGUCUUCUACAAUAUUACAAUCAACCAUAGUCGAUAAUCAUGUUUUAACACCACUUGAAACACCAUAUGAGCAUCAUCAUGAAAAUCCUACUGUUCCCACUGAAUCAUCGCUCGAUGAAACAAACAAUUCUUUAAAUGAAUCACAAUUAAAUUCAACUGAUAAUCUUCCUUUAAAUGAAUCUGAAAAAGCAGUUGAAAAUGAUGGUCCUUUAGUUGAAUCAACACUCGAUGAAACAAACGAUUCCUCAAUUGAAUCACAAUCAAAUUUAAAUGAUAAUAGUUCUUUAAAUGAAUCUGAAAAAACAGAUGAAGAUAAUCAAAAAAUUGAUAUUCUUCCAUCAGAAUCAACAGUUGAUCAAACAAACAAUUCUUCUAUAGAAUCCGAAUCAAAUAUAAUGGAUAAUCAUCCUCGAACAGAAGUAGAAACACCAGAUGAGGAUCAUCACACAGAUGAAUUCUCUUCAGUUGAAUUACCGCUUGAUCAAACGAAUAAUUCUUCAAUUGAAUCACAACCAAAUGCAACUGAUAAUCUUCUUUUUAAUGAAUCUGAAAAAGUAGCUGAAUCAACACUCGAUCAAACAAACAAUACUUCAAUAGAAUCCCAAUCAAGUUCAAUUGAUAAUAGUCCAUCAAUUGAAUCUGAAAAAGCAAGUGAAAAUGGUAUUCAUUUAGUUGCAUCAACAGUUGAUCAAACGAACAUAUCUUCAAUAGAGACUGAAUCAAAUUCAAUGGCUAGUUAUCCUGAAACUGAAUCUGAAAAAGUAAAUGAAGAUGAUUAUAAAAAGGAAGAAACAAAUAUUCCAUUAAAAUCAUAUUCAUUACCUGAUGUUGUAAGUGAAACAUUAGAAGAAAAUCGUGAUGAUUUAAUUAGUGAAAAAAUUGAAUUAGGAAAAGAAUUAACUGAAGAAAUUGACAUUAAAAAUAAAAAUAAGAUUGUAGAAGAUAUUAUUUCAGUUUUAACUGAAAGAUCAACAGACAUUGAAGAAAAACUUGAUAGAAAAUCAAAUGAUUUAAAUAAACAAGAAGAAGAUGAAUCAUUGUUAUCAAAUAGUAAAUUAAUUUCAUCAGAAUUUGAAGAUGUUCUUGGAAAUAAAACUUUACUUAAACAAACAAUAGUUAAAGGUGAAUUAAAUAGUCGUCCAACACGUAGUACAAUGGCAACAGUUUCAUAUAAAUUAUCAUUAGUUGAUAAUUUAACUUCAAAUAUUCGUUUGAUUGAAAGUGUAUCAAAUGAAAAAUUUUUUGUAAGUGAAUGUGAUAUAAUACCAGCAAUUGAUAUAUGUGUUCAAACAAUGAAUCGUGGUGAAUGUGCAUUAAUUGACAGUGAUAUUCGACAUUGUUAUGGUGAUAUGGGUUGUUUAGAAAAAGAAAUUCCAAGUGUAUCUUCAAAUAAUUCAUAUAGAAUGAAAAUUGAAUUAGAAUUACAUGAUUGGCAAAGUCCAGUUGAUGUUCAAAAAUUAUUAAUUAAUGAAAGACUUUGUUGGGGAGAUAAAAAACGACAAAUGGGAAAUUUUUAUUAUCGUCGUCAAGAUUAUUUAACAUCUCUUCAAUGUUAUAAUGGUGCUCUUCGUUUUUUAGAUACAGAUAUUAAUCCAAUAUUAGUUUUAUCUCAUGAAAAUCAACGAUCAAUAUUAAAUGAUGCUUUUAUUCAAGUUGAAAAUAAUGUUGCUCAAGUUAAUUUACUUUUAAAUAGAUAUGAUGCUUGUUUACAUGCUGUUGAAAAUGUUCUUAAACAUGAUCCUAAAAAUGUAAAAGCUUUAUUUCGACAAGGAAAAGCUUUUUUUCAAUUAGAAAAACAUGAUAAAGCUAUUCAAUCAUUAAAAUUAUUUACACAAGUUCAAAGACGAAAUUCGAAUUCUAUGGCUGAUAGAGAUAAAGCUAAUGAAAUGAUUCUAACUUGCGAAAAUAAAUUGGCUAAUAUUAAAAAAAAUGAAAAAGAAAUUUAUCAACGUAUGUUUAAACCACAAACAGAAAAACGUCAAACAAAUAAUAUCAAUCAGAUUGAUAAUACAAAUAACAGUUGGUGGCCAUAUAUAGCUUUAGGUAGUGCUGUCUUGGGUACUCUUGCUAUUGUCACAUUUAUCAAACAUCGGAAAACUUCGUGA